AGAAAGCAGCACCACAAAAGAUGGGCAGCACAAAUUCUUUUUCUAAUUGAUUUUGAUAUUUUUUGUGCUAUCCUCUUCAUUAUUGCUGAUUUUUGCAUGGCUUUUCUGUUUCUGGCUCUGCUCUGCUGUCUGUUUACUCCCUCAGAUUCAGAAGUUGCUGAAGCCAUCCUGCCUUUCCUUUAUGAGGAAUUUGGCAAUCCAUCAAGUUCGCAUUUUUAUGGAAAAAAGGCGAAGUUGGCAGUUGAGAAUGCGCGCAGAGAGGUUGCGUUGCUAAUCGGGUGCAAAGCGGAUGAGGUUGUGUUCACUUCCGGCGGCACUGAGUCGAACAAUUGGGCGAUUCGAUGUGGCGCUCAAGCCAACUCACGAAUGAAAGGAAAGCAUCUUGUCACCUCUUCAAUAGAGCACCCGGCAGUUUCCGAAGUGAUCAAUCACCUUUGCCAGAAUGAAGGGUUUUGCAAGACCGUUGUUCCUGUCGAUUUGGAAGGGCGCGUAGAUGCUGAAGCGGUCGUAAAGGUGGCGACAGCAGACUUGGAAACCAGUCUGGUUUCCAUCAUGCAUGCCAACAAUGAGGUGGGAAGUCUUCAGCCGAUUGCGGAGAUCGCUGCAUCGCUUCGUGGAAAGGGAAUCCUUGUGCACACAGAUGCAAGCCAGUCAGUCGGGAAGAUCCCAAUCAACUGGAGAACGCUGGGCGUCGAUUUGCUCACAAUCGCAGGCCAUAAGUUGUAUGGACCUAAAGGCGUCGGCGCACUUAUAAUCCGCCGCGGAGUCAUUCUUCCAAAGUUCAUGCUCGGCGCAGGCCAUGAAUCUGGGAGGCGUGCAGGCACUGAGAACGUGGCGCUAAUCGUUGGCCUCGGCAAGGCAUGUGAAGUGGCGCGAAAAGGUUUGGAUCGAAACAUGCGACGUAGUAGGGCCAUGCGCGACAGGUUGCUAGAGAAAUUGGAGGACGCUUUGCCCGGUCUUCGAUGUCGAGGAGAUGACAUCGAACUCUCUAGGAUCGACUUCAGAGUUAACGGCCCUGCAGAUCCGGAGAAACAGCUUCCAAACACGCUAAGUGUUUCUUUUAAGGGAGUGGAUGGUGUGAAAUUGAUGGCAGCGAUCAGCCCUUUUGUCGCCUGCAGCUCAGGCUCAGCCUGUCAUGCAGGGCAUGUGGCAGUCUCUCCAGUGCUGGCGGCAAUGGGAGUGCCUGCAGAGUAUGCGCAGUGCACACUGAGACUUUCAAUGGGGCGUGAAACAACGCGCACAGAUGUUGACACAGCAGCGGAAGUCAUAAUGUCACACAUCAAGAGCCUUUUUCCUUCAGGUGUAACAUGCACUUGAGACAUACGCAAAGCUAAAGCCCUUUGUCUUCAUGAAACAGAUUGGCAGUCCUUGAGCAGAGAGAGAGAGAGAGAGAGAGAGAGAGAGAGAGAGAGAGAGAGAGAGAGAGAGAGAGAGAGGGCAUGCGAUAUGGGUUUUUGCGAACAAACUGUUCUGCACGGAUGUUUCUUAGAAAGGAAUUCAUCUUGUUUAAAUGCCCCGAGCUGGUUGCACCGUGAGAGAGAGAGAGAGAUGGUGUGUGUGUGUGUGUGUGUGUGUGUGUGUGUGUGUGUGUGUGUGAGAGAGNGUGUGUGUGUGUGUGUGUGUGUGUGUGAGAGAGAGAGAGAGAGAGAGAGAGAGAGAGAGAGAGAGAGAGAGAGAGAGAGAGAGAGAGAGAGCAUGCGAUUUGGGUACUUGCAAACAAACUGUUCUGCACGGA